AUGUCCACGUCGACCAUGGUGAGUCUACUCGAGGUGUUUGCCACCGGAGUGGCCCUGGCAGAGCCUGCGGCGGAGAUUAUCAAGAGCACUCGCGAGUCGGGCGAGCUGGAGACGGUCAACAAGGCGAGCGACGGCGGGUUCGAUCCUGCGACGGCCGCCGAUGCUGCGGUACAGGCCUUGGUGGAGGGAUCGGUGGGUGCGCGCUGGCCGGAUCUGGUGGUUAUCGGCGAGGAGGAUGUUGUGCCGGUUGCUGCUGAUGCUGCGGUGAUGGUCGACAAUGCUCGCGAGAUGCUCACCGAGAUGCUGCGCACCGGUGGGGAGGACGUGGCGGCGUGGUACAGGGUGCUCGACACGCAGGUAGCUCUCGACCGGGUCAAGGUUGUUGUGGAUCCCCUGGACGGCACGCUAGCCUACACGCAGGGCAAGCUUCAUGCGGUUCUGUUUCUGUUUGGCCUUGUGGUCGACGGCGAGCCGCUUGCGGCGGUGAUCAAGCAGCCAUGGCCGGAGACGUCCGGAGUGUCGGGCCUCACGCUCGCGGUUGUCGGCGCCGGCGUGAUGGGCCUUCCGCCGCCACCACCAACCCUCUUUCCCCACCCGCUGCCUGACGCUGCGCUUCGAGUCGUGGUCUCGGCCACCGAUCGUGAGUUCCACAACAAGCUGGCCGCGAGCGUGGCCGCCGCCGGCGCCCAUGUCACUCGCGCCCCGGGCUGCGGCUACAAAAUGCUGCUGGUUGCCUGCGGCGCGGUCGACGCCUACUAUCACCCCAAGGACUCAUCGAGCAUUUGGGACACGGCUGCACCCCAGGCGGUCCUCCACGCACUCGGCGGCGUCGUCACCGCCGCGCUCACCGGUGCCGCCCUCGACUACUCUGGCGCUGAUCUCGGCAACCACGACGGGGUCACCGCCAUCGGCCCUGGCCCGAACGCCCCUGCUGUCGCAGCCCUUCUGGACACGAUUACCUUGUGA